AUGCUAUUCAACAGGCUAGAGCAACAACAACCGACAGUUUGGCUUCCGACGACGAUCGAUCUAUUGCAGCAGAUUCAUGGUCAAUCAAGAGCGAGUACAGAAGCACUCUCGACGACGAUCAGCGCCACGCCGACGCAGCCGAGGGUCUCUCCUCCGCCAACUUCCGCGUCUCUUCAUAUUACAGUUCUGAUAAGGAAGAGCCAGAUGCAGAUGGAGGACAGUCAAUGCUUGGUCUCCAAAGCUAUUGGGACACUGCUUACUCUGAUGAGCUCUCUAAUUUUAGGGAGCAUGGCCAUACCGGCGAGGUUUGGUGAUGAUGUGAUGGAGAUUGUUACUUCUUGGACAAAAGACUUGUGCGUUGAGAUUUCUAAGAAGGAGAUGUCUGUUUCUGAUAAUGGUGAGGUGAAUGAUCGGGCUGACAAGUAUUUGUCUAGCUGGAAUGUGCUUGACCUUGGUACUGGAAAUGGUUUACUUCUUCAUCAGCUUGCUAAGGAGGGGUUUUCUGAUUUAACCGAGACAGAUUAUAGUGAAGGAGCGGUUGAACUCGCUCAACAUCUCUCCCAACGUGAUGUUUUAUUUUGCUUUGAAUUGCAGGUAGCCGAAGCUUCCCUCAAAAGGGUUCCUCUGAGGUUCACACUCAAACAUAUGUUAGUAAUGCCCCAUCUCAGUCAAGAGACUCUACAAAGCUCCCUGCUCAACAACCUCAGAAACGAACCCUUCCACCUUCUUUUAAUUCGCCUCCUGCUCCUUCAAGAAGUGCUAACAGUGUAAGUCAUGCCAACAAGGCGGAUAAUACUAGUCCAGCUGUAGGUAGCAAUAAUACUACUCAAACUUCUCACAGUGGUGCCCCGAGUUAUUUGCCAAGAGACUCUACAACAUUUACAAGGAAUGAUGAGAAUGUUGUUAGCUCUAAUGUCUCUGGUGUGGAUGAUAAGAAGCUGCCUGCUCAACAAGUUAUGAGGAGAACCCUUCUGCCGUCUCUGAAUCCCCCUCCUAAUACAUCAAGAAGUGCUAACAGUGUUAGUCAUGGAAACAUGAGGGGAUUAUAGUAGCCCAGCUGUAGGUAACAAGAAUAUUUUUGUUGAUGGUUAAUACCGUGGAGCUCAUGCUGAGAUUGAUUGUUCUGAUAAGAAGCACUAAAGUAUAGCUUGAUGGUGGUGAAGAGAAGAGCUUCAUGCUUUUAGUUCAUGUUUUCAUGUAUAGACUUUUAGUUCAUGUUUUCAUAUAUUGACUUUGUGGGUUUUAAAAUUCUAAUGGAAAACUAUAUGAUUGUUCAAUAAGUGGGUGGAACAAGGC